AACAAGAGACGUUUCCUGUCACUGAAAAUUUGACAUUUUCACAUUAUUUGUUUUCUGUUGGCCCUAUAUAUGUGCUGAUUGUCAAAUAAUAAUUAUUUCAAACUCACACUCAUCGUUCAUGAUGAAGAAACUACGCAAAAGAGAGAUUUUCCAACGUCUUCUAGCUCUGCAUCUUCCCCUAUGGAUUUGUCCACACCAAGGUAACAUUAAGCAACACAAUGUUAAGCAAUUUCCUAUUUUACAUUUCACACUUUUUGUCCUUCUGGAUAUGCAUGUGUAGAAUUUGAGUCAAAGCAUAACCUUAACCCAAUUCUAGUGUUAUUUGGUACAAUACCAAAUGCAAUGUGAAUAACUUUUUAUAUUUAACUAAUGUUAUUUCGGUAGCAAAAAAAAGUAGAUGUGCACUUUUCUUGGCAGUUCAAUAUAAAAUUAUUCCAUUUUGAGUAUAUGUACAUUUUAAAUUAGAAAUUGAUGUCCUCUGUCACAGUUAGUAUCAGACCAAUGAAGAGGAAGGGUGUUUCAGGGGGAUGGGUUAAAGUAUAGGAAAUAGGCUUCAGUUUAAGUGACUUUGUAUUUCCUGGUCUGUAGCUUGUGUCAGAUGCGUUGUUCUGGGUGCAGGAAACGCAGUAUUGCUGAAGAGAUGUGCUGAGUUUGUACGUAGCGCUCAUCGUGACCUGGUUGCAAUGACCCUGGCUCUCUGCUCUGGUUUAAACAAUGAAACAUGGACUUAUCUCCAAGUGAACAGCAGCUGAAAGAUGUGGGCUCUCUGCAAAAGUGGCUGGAGGCGUUUGUGGCGUCCUUCGAGAGGCUUAUAGAUGUGCAUUCCCUGGAGCCCCGGAGGCUAGAGGAGGACAGCUCCGAGGUCCCCUUGCUGCCCAGAGAGGUCCUGGUGUUCCUCAGCACCCAGCUAUGGCACAGUGCCCUGCACCUCUCUGGGGCUGAGCAGGACAGCAGCAUCCCCCAUCCACUGCUGCUCAUCAAGUUCUUCCUCAUUGUAUGCAGGAAUAUGGAAAACAUUGAUGCUGAAAAGACUCCUGGCUUUGUUUUUGAAACUAUCAAGCUUUUGAAUUACUGUUUAAACCAGCUGAAGAAGGGCGUGGGGGAGCAGGAGCCUCUGCAGGCGGUGAUGCAGUAUGGGCUGCUGCUCUGCGAGGGCCUUUUCGAUCCUUAUCAGCUGUGGAGGAGAUGCCUGGCCGGGGAGGAGGUGAGUCUGCUGGAGAGGAACAAGUACAAGUUCCGCCCUCUGGCCCUGCCCGACGAGCUGCCCACCCUGUUCCACGAAAGCCUACAGGACAGCGAGAAGAUUCCAGAGUUCCUCACAAUCCAAUUGGUCCAUCUCCGAGGGGCUGUCCUAUGUGGGGCAAAGAGGAACGGCCUGCUCUCCAUAACGCCUCACUCCGUGGAGGAUCUGUUCUGCCUGCUGCGGGCGUGGUGCUGCUUACCUGAACCCAAGGACCCCCGGGUCGUAAGGCUGACCCUGCAGUGCCUGACAGUGGUGAUCCACAUUCUCCACUCCAGCAGCCCUGCACAGCGGCAGGUGGAGAUCAGGAGCAUUCUGGAGGGCUACUUCACGCUGCUCAACUGGAACCGUGCGCCCGGCACCGGCCAGCAGGACGGGUCGAGCUGGGAGGACAGUCUGAUCAUCCUCCAGAGCCACAUGCUGACGGCGGUGCCUGAGAUUCUGCAGUGCUCUGACCGGCCCGCGCUGCAGGCCGUCUUCCUGAACAACAACUGCUUCGAACACAUCCUCAGGCUGGUUCAGAACAGCAAGCUCUAUCAGACUAGCAGGCCGGAAAGUGAGCGUGUGUCUGACCUCGCCACACAUUUGCUUACAGAGGUGGAAAUGGACCAGCAGGUGUGGGAGAGAGGAUCGGACCGCAUCACGGUCCAUGCCUUAAGUGUCCUCACAGCCAUAAUGAGUAACUCUCCCUCCGCUAAGGAGGUCUUCAAGGAGCGCAUCGGCUACUCUCAGCUGUUUGAUGUGCUGAAGAGCCAAGGUCAGCCCACCAAGAGGCUGCUGCAGGAGCUGAUGGACAUGGCCGUGGAAGGCGAGCAUGCACACGCCCAUCUCCUGGGCAUCAGCAACGACCAGCCCCUGCUGCUGCUGCUGCAGUGGCUGCCAGACCUCCAGGCCCAGCGCGACCUCCAGCUGCUGGUGGCCCAGUGGCUGGCAGCCGUGUGCGGGGGCCCCCUGUCCUGCCGCACCGUGGCCGUGGAGGCCGGUAUGGUGGGCACCCUGCUGAGGGUGCUGUCCCGGCCCCAGCGCCUGGACCCGCAGUGUGCCGAUGCCCUGCUGGGGCUGCUGCAGGACCUGGGCUCCCUGUGUCUGCGGCCGGAGGAGCUGAAGAGCCUGCUGCGGCUGCUGAGGCCGGCGCGGGACCAGGAGAACGGCCCGACGGAGACGCACCCGUACUGCGGCCGCGUUAUCAGGGUGCUGGCGGCCAUGGCGGCCCGCGAGGGCUGCAGCAAUGCGCUGCAGUACUUUGAUCUCACGCCCCCUAUGGCGGGCAUCAUGGUGCCCUCCGUCCUCCGCUGGCCGGGCAGUGGCUUUGCCUUUCACGCUUGGCUGCGCCUCAAUAUGGAGUUCCCGCCGCAUCACGCCUCUAGUAACCCUCCACCUGGCACUACAGCACAGAACCACAUGGGCAAAGGACCCCGCCGGAAACAGCUCUACAGUUUCUUCACAGCCAGUGGGACGGGGCUGGAGGCCUUCUUCACCAUGGAGGGCAUUCUGGUGGUGGCUGUUUGUACAAAGAAAGACUACAUGGCCGUGCCUUUACCAGAGAACCCCUUAACAGACUGCUGCUGGCAUGCGGUGGCUAUAGUCCACAUCCCCGGGCGCCGUCCUUUCGGCCAGAACUUGGUGAACAUCUACAUCGACGGCGAACUACGCAAGACCGCACCACUUCGCCUCCCCUCUCUAAACGAACCCUUCACCUCCUGCUGCAUCGGCUCCGCUGGGCACCGGACCACAACCACCACCACCUCCACGUCCCCCACCUUGCCGACGCCCUCCUCCCAUCCCCCAAGCGACUUUCCCUUCCCAGCCCACGCCCCGGCCAUCACCCGCUCCCAGUCCUUCCCGGCCACCUUCGCUGGGGGCGGGGGUCAGUGGGGGUCUCCGCGGGACUACCCGGUUUACACCAUUCCUGCGGGGCUGCAAGACACAGAGUGGGGCAGCCCCACUUCUCUGGACGGUCUGCUGGGCACCGCCUUCAUCUGCCAUGAAGCGCUGCUGGCCGGCCCAACUAAAGCCCUCUAUGCUGCAGGGCCAAACCAUGUGCCUUUAUUCAGAGAGGAUGGAGAAAUGUCUGAGCUGAACAGCAAGCUGCUGCUCUACUACACGCCCCAGGCCUUCAAGAGCCAGAUGUGUCUGGACCUGUCCCCCCACCAUGCCUACGACGGCCGCCUGACGGGCCACAGGGUGGUGAACUGGGACAUCAAGGAUGUCCUGAAUGUGGUGGGGGGCAUGGGGGUGAUACUGCCCCUGCUGGAGCAGGUGUGUGAGGCGGAGCAGGCGGACUCCGGGGCCCAGGAGACUUCUGACCUGCUGGGGCCGGAGCUCACCUCGUCCAGGGGCCGCGUCGCCAUGCUGCUCCCCCUGAGCAGGUCGUCCGAGAGCAGGCUCGAGAAAAACAGCGUCGCCGCCUUCCUUCUGAUGGUGAAGAAUCUGAUUCGUCACCAUCCUGUCAAUCAAGAGAGCCUGCUGCACUGCCAUGGGCCCAGCACCAUCGGAGCCAUGUUGGCCAAGGUCCCUGGGAGUGUGAUGGAUAUGAACGUCCUGCUGGCGUGUCAGCUACUGGUGGAGCAGGCCUUCAGCGAGGGCAACAGCCCCCUGCUGCACCAGUUGUACCAGUACCUGCUCUUUGACUUCAACCUCUGGUCCAGGAGCCACUUCUCUGUCUGUCUGGCCCAUGUGCAGUACCUGUCCUCGGUGAUCAAGAACGGCAAGCAGCGCAUGCAGCGCAAGUACGGCGUGCAGUACAUCCUGGACACCGUCCGGACACACUACAGCGUGGAGAAGGACGGAAGUCCUCUUGAGGAGGAGAAGCAGAGCAUCGGGACCUCCCUGAUGGCCCUGCUGACAGAGCUCCUUGGGCGUGGGGGCCCUGAGGAGCUUCGUCAGCAGGGCCUGCACAGCCUGCUGGCCUAUGUCCUCUCCGCCGCGGAGGAGCAUCAGGUGGUGAGUGCGUUGGAUGUGCUGUAUGAGCUGAUCAGGGGCAGCUCGCUGCAGGAGCAGACGCAGGCGGUGCUGCUGGAGUGGGGUGUGGAGCAGCUCUACUGUCUGCUGCUCAACCCUGCCUUCGGGGACGGUGCCCGGGAGAGGGUGUUCAAGGUUCUCCACUGUCUCCUGAAGAGCGAGCGAAUCAACGACCGAUCAAAGCAGCGGCUGAAGCUGAGAGACAUAGGCUAUUGCGGCCUGGUCUGUAACAUAGGAGAGAUUCCCGUUACCCUGACCACCGUGCGCUUUCUAUACAAGCAGGUCAUGUCUACAGAUAUCAGUCCUAACUUCAGGGACCUGCUGUCUGUGGUCUACCUAUCCCAAAGGGCAGAGCUCUCGGUUCGACUGGACAUCAGUCGCAAGCUCUUCCACCUGAUCCACUCCCACGGGGACUACCUCAGGCAGCUGGCCCGGCAGCCUGGCUGGCAGGACGUGCUCACCAAGCUCUACGUCAAGGAGUCCUACGAGUCCCACGCAGCGAGCCUGGGGGGCUCGGGCACCCACGGGUCCCUGGACGCCCCAGGGGCCCACCCCCCGCUGCGCAGGGACAUGGUGGACCAGGCAGACUCCCUGCCCAGCUACCGGGCCUCUAGGGACCAGUGCCUGGUCGAGGACCUCAAGGCCGACUCCCUGCCAAGCUAUCGGGCCUCCAGGGCCCAGGAGGCCGAGGAGUACAUAGAGGACCAUCAGGAGGACAUCUCAGAGAUAUCCUUCUCAGCCCUUUCCCUGGCACUCCUUCAUGAGGGCGACGGGGUUGACAGAGGUGGUGACGCCAAACUGAAGAGCUAUAGCGACCCCCUCGAUCAUAGCUGCACUUCAUCUUUCUCCAACGCCGUUGACAUCCCUUCCCCUCUGCCCCGCGAGGAUGGUCUCUACCACCCCCUCUCCCCAUUCGGUGCCUCCCCCUUUGAGAUGGAUUUGGGCGGCAUAGGUGACACCGGCCCCGGGACCCUCACCCCCGGAGGCAGCCAAGCAGAAACCCCCUCCCCCCUGGAUCACAGCAAGGCCUUCCCACCCAUGACAACCAGGAAGAGCUCAAGUCUGUCAAACGUUCUGGAUGACACCAGCUAUGGAACCGACCCCCCCACGGCUGACACCAUCUCCAACACGUCCAACCUCCAGCAGAGCCCUGAGGAGGAGCUGUGCAACCUCCUCACCAACAUCGUUUUCUCUGUGCUGUGGACGGGCAGCGCGGCCGAGGGCAUGGAGGACGUGGUGUGGAGGGAGAGGGGACAGGUCUUCUCGGUCCUCACCAAACUGGGCUCGUCCUGCCAACUGGUCCGUCCCCCGGAUGACAUCAAACGCAGUCUGCUGGAGAUGAUGCUGGAGUCGUCCCUGUCGGACCUGAGGGAGUCCCAGGGGGUCUCUCUGCCCUUCUGCCCCAGCCUGGUGCGCCUGCUCCGCUUGCUGCAGGACUUCCUGUUUGCCGAGGGCACGGACAACCAUGCGCUGUGGAGUGAGAAGAUCUUCGAGGGGGUGGUGAACCUGCUGGACAGGUUGAAGGCCUGGCACAGCAGCGGCCCCGGCAGCACGGAGCUCCGCGAGAUGGCCCGCAUCGGCCUGCGCAUCAUCACGGGCUACAUCCAGCAGCAGCACCCCCAGGUCUUCGUGAUGGCCUGUGUGAAGCUGCACAGCCUGCUGCAGACGGUGCUGUGUCUGAGCUGGGAAGAGGUCUGCUUCCUGCUCGGCCACUUGGGCGCCCCCCUGUGGCCAGCGGGUUCAAAAGACUGCAGCGACGACAACAGGAGCUCAGAGAUUUUCUCUCAGCUGGUGCCCAUCGUGCGGACCCUGCUGGACCAGCACGCCGACCCUGUCAGCCUGCAGAGCCUGCUGCCCAACCUGCCUCCAACCAACGGCAGCCCCAGCUUUGCCCAUGACCUGCAGGCCUUCUGCCACACAGUGGAGUGGCAGAGCUUCUACCAGCACCAGGUCAAGCCAGUCAUGGAGCAGUAUGAGCUGGACACGCUGGGAAGGAGCCAUGACAUCAUGUCAAACUUCUGGAACUCCUGCUUCGACGACCUGAUGAACACGGCCUUCACGCGAGACAAGGACAAAUCAGACAGCAAGCACAAGUUCCAGGAAGCAGUCGUGGAACCCUAUUGGAAGAGAGUGCGCUCUGAGAACAGCAGGUACCUCAACCAACAGAAGCACAGCUCCAGCCAGCAGGGGGUGGUGUGGCGCCACUGGAAGUGUCAGCGCAGGCUCCUGACCAGCGAGAGAGGAGCUUGGGCCUACAAGGUUCAGCCUCAGAUCAACUGGAAGCUGUCGAGCGCGGAGACCUACUCAAAGAUGCGUCUCAAACUGGUGCCCAACUACAACCAUGACACGCACAGCGAGGCCAGCGCCCUGAGGGACAACAUGGGGGCCGACAGCCCUCACAGCUCUGACCUCCUGACCCUGGCUGUGGCCAAGGAGGUCAAAGUGAGCGACAUGGAGGACGACCAGUUGGGGGACGAGGAUGUCAUCUUCUGGGACAACAAGGGUGAGGAGGAGAGCGAAAAGGAGAAGCUGGUCCUGUCGGAGGACUGUGAGCUCAUCACCAUCACAGCGGUGGUCUCGGGUCGUCUGGAGGUCACCACACACCACCUCUACUUCUACGACGGCAGCAGCGAGAAGGAGGAGACUGAAGAUGGGAUCGGCUUUGACUUCCGGAGGCCCCUAUCCCAGCUGAGGGAGGUCCAUCUGAGGCGCUACAACCUGCGGCGGUCCGCCCUGGAGCUCUUCUUCAUAGACCAGGCCCACUACUUCAUCAACUUCAGGAAGAAGGUGCGGAAUAAGGUCUACUCUAGAAUCCUUGGGCUCAGACCUCCGAAUCUUUUCUACUUUGGUUCUCGAUCGCCCCAGGAGCUACUGAAGGCAUCCGGCCUCACGCAGAAAUGGGUGUACAGGGAGAUUUCCAAUUUUGAGUAUCUGAUGCAGCUGAACACCAUCUCUGGGCGCACAUACAACGACCUGUCCCAGUACCCGGUGUUCCCCUGGGUUCUCUGUGACUACACCUCUGAGGUCCUGGACCUGGAGAACCCGGCAGUGUUCAGGGACCUGUCCAAACCCAUCGGGGUGGUGAACGCUCGCCACGCCCAGAAUGUCAGAGAGAAGUAUGACAGUUUUGAAGACCCCACGGGAACCAUGGAGAAGUUCCACUACGGCACGCAUUACUCCAACCCGGCCGGGGUCAUGCACUACAUGAUCCGCAUGGAGCCCUUCACCACGUUGCACGUCCAGCUGCAGAGCGGCAGGUUUGACUGUGCCGACCGGCAAUUCCACUCGGUGGCGGCGGCCUGGCAGGCACGCAUGGAGAGCCCUGCCGACGUCAAGGAGCUGAUCCCGGAGUUCUUCUACUUCCCGGAGUUCAUAGAGAACAUGAACGGGUUUGACCUGGGCUGUCAGCAGCUCUCUCAGGACUCGGUGAACAACGUGCUGCUGCCGCGCUGGGCCACGUCCAGAGAGGACUUCAUCAGGAAGCACCGGAAGGCGCUGGAGAGUGAACAUGUGUCAAGUCACCUCCAUGAGUGGAUAGACCUGAUCUUUGGCUUCAAGCAGAGGGGAGAGGAAGCAGAAAAAGCCCUGAAUGUGUUCCUCCACUACACAUAUGAGGGGGCGGUGGAUGUGGAUGCUAUCCCCAACGAGACGGAGCGCAAGGCCCUGGAAGGAAUGAUCAACCACUUCGGCCAGACCCCGUGUCAGCUCCUGAAGGAGCCCCACCCUCAGCGCAUGACAGAGGAGAACGUGGCCAGACGCCAGGCGCGCAUGGACCCCUCGCCCCCCAACCUCUUCGAGCAGCUGGACAAACUGCGUUCUUUUGUGGAGGUGGUGAGUGACGGCACCCCUCUGGUCCAGGCGGUCGUCCCUAAGAACCAGACACGUUCUAUCAUCAUCCAGGGCUCGGACGUCCUGGUGACGGUGAGCGCCAACGCGCUGGUCGGGACCCACAGCUGGCUGCCCUAUGAUAAGAACAUCAACAACUACUUCACCUUCACUAGGGACCCGACUGUCACCAACCCCAAGACCCAGCGGUUCCUGAGCGGGCCCUUCUCCCCCGGGCUGGACAUCAGCUCCCGGGUGCUGGUGGUGUCCAACGACGGGCGCCUGCUGUUCAGCGGUGGGCACUGGGACUGCAGCCUGCGCGUCACCCAGCUGGCCAGGGUCAAGCAGCUGGGCCGCAUCGUCCGCCACAUUGAUGUUGUUACGUGCCUGGCACUGGAUCUCUGUGGCAUCUACCUCAUCUCGGGCUCCAGAGACACCUCCUGCAUCGUGUGGCAAGUCCUCCAGCAGGCGGGCUUCUCAAGUGGGAUCUCUCCCCGGCCGGUGCAGGUGCUCUGUGGACACGACAAGGAGGUCACCUGCGUGGCCAUAAGCACCGAGCUGGACAUGGCCGCCUCAGGGUCAAAGGACGGCACGGUCAUAGUGCACAGUGUGCGUCGAGGCCAGUUCCUGCGGACCCUGCGACCCCCUGGGGACAGCGCUGUGCCUGCCCCCAUCUCUCAGCUCCUGGUGGGCACGGAGGGACACAUAGUGGUGCACACAGCCCUGGAGGGACGGCCGACAGCAAAGGGGAGCUUCUCCCUGUUGGUGUACUCAGUGAACGGCCGCCUGCUGUCCAGGGUGGUCCUGGAGGAGGAGGUGACCGCCCUCCACCUAGUCUCAGACUAUGUCAUCCUGGGCACCUUGCAGGGAAACCUACAAAUACGACAUCUAUCCAGCCUGGAUGUGGUGGUGGCCCCUCUGGCCCUGAAGCUGCCUGUGAGAAGUGUGUCUGUUACCAAGGAGUGCAGCCACAUCCUGGUGGGCCUGGACGACGGCAAGCUCAUUGUGGUGGGUUCCGGCAAGCCAGAGCAGGUGCGUUCCGGGCAGUUCUCCCGGCGCCUCUGGGCCUCCACGCAAAGGAUCACCCAGGUGUCGGCGGGGGAGACGGAGUAUAACCCCAGUGAGCCUGCUGGGAUAUGAGACACCCUCCACCUAUAUGAGUGGGGCGGUUUGCGGGAGGUUGGUGGUUGUCGCCCUGUGGAUACUGUCUGCUGGUGGGAAGCCCAUCCAAGGGGCUGACAAGAAGAUCCCUGACAUUCUCCCCAGCCCUAAGCCCCCAGUUGCCUGCCUUUUAUUUAUUUUUAAGAAAGCAACGAAAAAACACUUGGCACUUUUUAUUCUAACUGAAGUGAGAACAAUGUUGAAGUCUCAUCUCCUCCCUUUGCUGAACCACAUACCAUUCCAAAGAGCUUAACGCGGUAGCAGAGGCUAAACUGAGCUGUUGACACAAAAGUUGAGUCACAUUGAGAGGGACCUCGCACUUAGACCAGCUCAGACUCUACAGACAGACAGACAGACAGGACUCUGACUCUACAGACAGGCAGACAGGACUCCGACUCUACAGACGGACUCCGACUCUACAGACGGACAGACAGGACUCCGACUCUACAGACGGACAGACAGGACUCCGACUCGACAGACAGACAGGACUCGGACUCUACAGACAGGAUUCCGACUACAGACAGGACUCCGACUCUACAGACAGACAGGACUCGGACUCUACAGACAGAUAGUAUGCAGACUCAGACUCUCUACAGACAUUCCUCAGACUCUCUACAGACAAACAGACAGUACUAAGUCUCUCGACAGACAAACAGGACUCAGACUCUACAGACACAGACAGGACUCAGACUCUACAGACAGUACUCAGUCUCUCGACACAGACAGGACUCACUCUACAGACAGUACAGAGCUUUUAAUGAUAACUCUUUGAACUUCUCCCUCUCUCUCUGGUUUAAAGAACAGUUUGCCUUUUAUCUUCUACUUCUUGGGAAGUAGAAUCAAAAUAAGUAGGAAAAAACAGACAUUGGAAAACAAUAUUGGCCAAAGAUUCCUCCCCAUCGCUCAUUACGGCCGAUUAUAAUUUUUUCUUUGUAUUGGGGGGGCCAUAGCAAUGUAAAGAAUAUACUGUAAAGCAAUAUCUUUUUUGUAGUUGGGUAUGUGAAAACCUUUUAAACAUUCAUGUGGAUCUCCUAUCGCCUUAACAUGAGAGCUCAAUCCUAAUGUUCACGUUUGAAUACUACGUACUGAUGGAAGCCUUGUUACAUCGGGAAAUUAGGACCUUUGGCAUAUGUAAUUUGAUAACACACCAGAGCAGCAGCUCAGUUAGAAAUAAUAAGACAACAGUCCUUUCUGCUCGUCUCACUCCUGUGUCCAUGUUGAACUGUUGAACUGUUAGCUGUUAACAUGUCUCUUGAUUGCUUUUGCUUUGGUAUAAUCUCUGGUUGCCUGUAAGGCGUAUGUGCCUGUACAGUACAGAUAUUAUUGCUGUUACUUGUGAAGCACUGAAGUCAUUGUUUUGAGAGUUGAUGGCUGUGAAACACAUGGCCAGAAAGCCUUUGAGUGAACAACACAGGAAUGCACUUCCUGCCAGCCCCUCCGCUGAGGUUGGAGCCAUUCGGCUUUAUGCACUGUCUCUCUCUCUCACACACACACACACACACACACACACACACACACACACACACACACACACACACACACACACACACACACACACACACACACACACACACACACACACACACACACACACACACAGUUGCCAGAAGACAUGGUGUGAACAUGAAAAGGCUAAGGCCCCGAUUUUAGUAAAACCGCAGGUCAUGUGCGUUUGGGCCGACCGUCCCGGCGGAUCCGGUGCCCGAAAACACACUUUUCUGAAACCAGGUCCCAGGUUGGAUUCAAAUAAAAACGGUCCUAUGCGGUUUCAUAUUUGGAUUCGUGCGUACGCCUGAAACGCAAACGAUGACUUCAUCGGCCCCCACCAGCUGGGCGACGUUAGAGUUGCUUUGAACGUUUUUAUUAUUAUUAUUAUUUGUGUAGCUCCAAACACAGCCCCUUGGUAAAUGUAAUGACUCUGUAGAUUAAAAAGUAUUUCUGCUCAAUCUAAAAGGUAUAACAACGGCUAUCUCCUCUGGAUGUUCGGAGGGGAAAAUAUCGUUUUCGCCUUGUUACUUGUUGUUCCUCUCGGACUGCAUGUUUGUGAACAGCGCGCAGGCUUUAUGCGUAUGCUCGCCUCGUCUUCUUUUUUUGCUGUAGUACACAUUCCAGGCCCAUAAGGGGCGCUGCUUCUGCUACAGAAUUCCAGGGGAAAAAAAGAGGCGAGCAUGCGCAUAAAGCAUGCGAGCUGUUUACAAACAUACCCUCCUGGUACUUGAAUAGGUUCAUGUUCUGGUAGCGCUUCGCGUUGGAUCGAAAGAGAUCCCAUGUGGCUUAUAGGUCCAUGGUGUGGCCCCGUCCACAUGGGCAAAAACGAUCUUUUCCCCUCCGUUUUCAUUUUUGUCGCCCGAGUUCUGUCGCGCGACAAAUCAGGAACAGAACUGCAGGGAACGGUUGGCCGGUUGAACGCUGAUUGGCUGUUACGUAACACAUGUCACUCAGUGACCACGCUGUUGAAGGCUGAUUGGCUGUCAUCACGCGAAUGUCACGUCAAAGUUGAAAUAUUUCAACUCCAGCGAAUUUGUCGAGCUACAAAUCCCGGUGAACGCGCUUGGCUGUGCAGGGCGAAAGUGUGGCGCGACAAAUCAAAAAUCUACAAAAAUAAUACAAAUAAAAAAAUUCAAUGCAACUCUACGUCGUCUAGCUGGUUGGGUGGGGAGUUGGCAAUGACGUCAUCGUUUGCGUUUCAGGCGUCCAGUCCACCAGCGAAUUUCGUUAACACGAAACCGCAUAGGUCCGGUUUUAUUUGGAACCACCCUUGGACAUGGUUUCAGAAAAGUGCGGCUUCAUUUACCGGAUCCGCCGGCUCCGUCUCGACGGUCGGCCCAAACGCACAAGGCUUAUGCGGCUUCACCAAACAACCGGCUUCGUGUGGACGGGCCUUAGUGAGAAAGCAUUACACUGUUUUACAUGUUGAAAGAUUGGUUUUCUAUACAUGCGUUCUAAGUCAUGAGCACAUUUCGUUUACAGAAGAUGAACUAAUUCAAAUCCUCUGGCCGCGGAGCGAUAGUAUUUUAUUGCGCAAGUAUGAGGGUGUUAUUAUGGCAUUGCGCUUUUAUUGUGUAUCAUUGGUUGUUUUGGUUUGCAGCCGAGAUGAGUUUUACGGUUAUACUGAAAUUGUAUUUCAUUCAUGACUAAUGUGGUUUGCAAAAACAUUUUGCUAUCAUUGUUGACCUGAAUAUCUUUAUUUAAAGAGCCUAUGCAGUUAUAAUCAUCUUCAAUGAUCUAUACAUUAACAAUUGUUACAAUAUGAAUUGAGCCAUAUACGUGUGGUCAACACUGCCUUGUCCUUGGACCUGUACCCUUAACCACAGUCUGGCAUUUGUAUUGUUUUUUAAGAAAUUUAAAAUACAUAUGCAUUUUAUGCAGUCCACCUGCUUGGUUCACUGUACUUGACCUUAAACCAGUGUGGGUUUCACCAGACAUGACCUUAUCUGAGUGGUCGUUGGCCGGCUGUUUCUAAGUAACCAUUUGACAAAGUAGUCUGCCUGUUUGUGUGUAUGUGGUGCUGGUCGUCAGUAAUAGUGGCCUCUUCAAAAUGAGAAAAGUUCUCCCACCCCCCCCCCCCCCCCCAUCAUCUCGGUCUGUGAACCUCGUUUGGAGUGAGCUGACACGUAGAUGGGGCUUCCAGCCCACGCCCUGAGCCCCAAUUCCUUCCCUGUGUGUUUGUGGAUAUGCAUUAAUCUCACUCAAAGUUGAGGAGGUCACCCCAGGCAACGGCCAUUGACUUAAAUAAGGGGGGGGGCCCUUUGAAGUCCCGGCGGGCCCAUAUCCUGCCGGCCCCCUGUAAACACCUCCAGGGGCCAAGGGCCUUUGUGUCUAAGGCAGAAUAACCUGAAGGGAUGAGGGGUGAUGAUACCAGCCUGCAGACCCCACGUCAAUACAGGAGAACAAAGAGUAGAGGGGGGAUAUACAACAUACAGUGUGUACUGUGGGGACACAAUGCCUCUGAAGUCAGCCCUGUUGACAACGGUAGGAGGGGCCGACACCUUGUCCUGGGUUAUUGGUGUCUCCCCUGGUCUCCAGGGCAGACGGGGCGACUGAUACCAGUGUUGUUUGAGUUGUUCCUGUCAACAAACCACAACAACCUUCAAACAGUCCCCCAAAAUCCCCUACCCCUCCACACCCCUCUCAUGUGUACCCUUGUCUUCUUAAGGCCAGGAUUCCAAGGUGCCUUCUUGUUCUCUGCUUGUUUCUCUUGUCUUCUCUUGUUAAACGUUGCUGAUAGUUCUCAGUGAGUAGCGAGGUCUCCAGUAAUACUCUAUGCAGUCCAGCGGAGGAAACCCACCUUUUUAUUUGUGUUUCAGUUUGAUGUGUGCACUAGAUGUAUUGAUGAUUGAUACUAUGUUUGCAAUAAAAAAGUAUAAUUAUA